UUUUACCCUUUUGCCUCCAAAAACAAGAAACAUUCACUUCCACAGUAUCAAAAAUAACACACAUAAUUUACAGUAGCCAUAGUAAAACUAAAGUAUUUGUUGUAAAACUGUAGUAUUUAAAAGCUAUCUGACAUGGUUCCUACAUUUUUACUUUAAAAAUACUAUGGUUGAUUUUAUGAGAGGCAUGUCAGUCAUAUUUACGUCUAUAUAAGGAAAUCAAAGCUGAUAGAGGAAGUCAAGGCCAGGAUCUGAACCAGGUUAACUUGAGCUUAUUUGAUCGGGAUAUAUAAAGAAUGAAAGCAUGUUUUUGCUUUUUACUUUUCCUUCUAAAUGUGCCGUUUUCACAGGUGGAACAGUAUCACAGCCUUAAAGAGGAGGCCAGUAAGCGGGCAGCUGCUUUGGCACAGGAGCUUGAGAAGUUCAACAGGGACCAAAAGGCUGACCAGGAUAGACUGGAUCUGGAGGAAAGGAAGAAGGUUGAGACAGAGGCCAAAAUCAAGCAGAAGAUUCGAGAGGAAAACAAGAAGUGCAUUGAAAAACUGGAGGACUAUAUUGCGAAAAGCAGGUGCUUUAAAAUCCCAGAUGAGCGUUUGGAAGAGGAGUUGACUUAGGAAGUGGAGCUCGCCAAAAGAAGGAUUGAUGAAGUAAACAUGGAGCUUAACCAAGUAAUGGAGCGACUUGGAGAUGCUCGCAAUGACAGGCAGGAAAACAGCCUUCAGCAGCAAAAGGCUGAAAUUAUGGAGAGCAUAAGAAGGCUUUAUCCUCGCUCUAUGUAUGGCAGACUGACCGACCUAUGCCAGCCCACGCAGAAGAAAUACCAGAUAGCUGUGACUAAAGUCUUUGUAAAAAACAUGGGUGUGGACUCGGAGAAGACAGGAAGACAAUGAAUCCAGUACAUCAAACAGCAAAGAGGAGAACCGGAGAUCUUUCCCCCUCUUGACUAUUUGGAGGUAAAGCCCACAGAUGAGAAAUUGAGGGAGCUUCGGGGGGCGAAGCUUGUGAUUGACGUCAUCCGAACUCUCUUCUAAAAGUCUGGUGUGAUCUCUGGGGGGGGCAGUGACCUGAAAGCCAAGGCUCGAUGAUGGGACGAGACACCUGUGCAGAACCUCAAGGAAAAGAGAAGACUAACAGAAGAAUUAAAGGAACGAAUGAAGGCAAAGAGAAAAGUGGUGGAGCUUAGACAGGUCCAGUCUCAGGCUCAUGGGAGGCAGAUGUGGCUGAAAUACUCUGAGUGAUCUGACAAACAAAGACAUCUCUCCCUUAACAUACAGGAACACAAAGCUGAGAAACAUCAUGGAAUAACAUUAAAAUGUUCAAAAUCUGUUUUAGAAAAAAAUAUUUUAGAUAUUACGGUGAAGCAAAACCUGUUAUGAUUUUGUAGUAAAGGUCAAAGCUGGAGAGUGAGCUAGCUAAUUUCGGCCCACGAAUCAAUGAUAUCAAAAGAAUCAUCCAAUCACGAGAAAGGGAUUUUUUCACAUGUGCCAAUAACGUUGAUUUACAUAGGCAGAGGAUGAGGUCUUUGUUGAGUUCUGCAAGGAAAUUGGAGUGCAAAAUAUCAGAGAGUUUGAAGAGGAAAAGGUCAAGAGACAAAACGAGACUGCAAACUUUUUAGAUACCGAGAUAUUAAGCAAGUUGCCUGCAUUAGUUUAACUUUUGCAAAACUCAUUUAAGGUUAGAGUUUGAGACACAAAAAACCCGUCUGGGCAUCCAGCUGGACUAUAAGAAGAACCAGUUGAAGGAAGACCAGGCGAAAGUGAUGAUGUGGGAACAGACUGUAAAGAAAGACGAGAAUGAGAUUGAAAGACUUAAAAGGAGGAACACAGAUAUAUGAAGAUAAUUCAUGAAACAAUGGCACAACUGCAGGACCUGAAGAACCAGCACCUUACCAAGAAGGGAAAGGUCAAUGAUACGAACAAAGAGAUGGAAGAUAUCAGAAAGAAGCUGGGAUCUGCCAAGAAGUCAGAGACUAGACUAUUUCUAUAUCUUAUAACCAGAAUAAGUAUGCACACACACACGUGUGUGCAUUACAAUUUCAGACCUACACAAUGACGUUUCACUAUUUGUGUUAGUCACACUGCACAUUCAUGCAUUUUUUUAUUUUUCAUUAGCACCUUCAUGCAUUUUUACUUGACCUUCACAACAUCAUCUAGAUCAAAUCUAGCCCUUAUUGUGAUGAUGGAUGUUUACAAAUCAUAGGCUAUAGCUAUCUUUUGAGAAGAUUGUUAAAUUAAACUGGCAUGUAUAUGAUGUUGCUGUGUCUUACAGAGUUUGAGGCUGCCCGCAAAAGAGCAAAGAAAGCCAAACAGGCUUUUGAACAGAUAAAGAAGGAGAGGUUUGACUGUUUUAAUGCCUGUUUUGAGUCUGUGGCUAUCAACAUUGAUGAGAUUUACAAAGAACUCUCGCUCAACAACUGUGCUCUUUUUUUCUGCUCUUUUAACCAAUCAAUAACAGUAGAGAUGCUCUGUAUCUUUGGGGCCUCUGUAUCCUGGGGCCAGAGAACCCAGAGGAACCCUACUUGGAUGGUGUUAACUACAACUGUGUGGCUCCAGGAAAGAGACAUGGACAACCUGUCGGGAGGAGAGAAGACAGUUGCAGCUUUGGCACUGCUUUUUGCUAUUCACAGAUGACAUUAAAGCUGCUUUGGAGAACACCAACAUAGGCAAGGUGGCAAUCUACAUUAAGGACCAGUCGGUCCAGAAUUUCCAGGCUAUUGUUAUUUCUCUCAAAGAGGAGUUCUACACAAAAGCUGACUCCCUCAUAGGGGUUAACCCCGAGGUUUGUAUAACCAACAAGCCUUAACAAAUAAACACAUACAAUAAAUCCAGUUCAGCUUUACACUGUGUCCUAAAAUCUGCAUCUACAUUUUACUAAAAUGAAUGCAAAUAAAUUGUCACUGUUGAUGAAAAAAUAACAAGACUAUUAUUAUUUAUUUACAGCAAGGUGACCGUGUCAUAAGUAAGGUGCUGACUUUUGAUCUUUCCAGGUAUCUGAAUGCCAAUCCAAAGAUUUAGAUUUAGAGAAUUAGAUUUUAUUGUCAAUAAAAAUGAACAUCAAAGUGAGGUCAAUUCCAUCAUCAAAACAUUGCGUUUACAUUUUUUCUCAAUAGCCGUGUUGCUAUAUGUAUGCUGUACUGUGCUGUAAUGUUUUCCAAACCCCAAGUAUUUUGUUCUGUGUAUAUGAACGAUAGUGAAAAGCUGUUUUAAUUUAGUUAGCUGGAAAUUCUAGUGCAGUGGUUUUGCCAGGAGUUGUGUAAUGGCAAGUGUAAAACGCAUUAAAAGACUCAGAGAACAUCUUAGUUGCAUUAAUUGUGCCCUGUGGAUUUGAUCAUUUAGUAUUACAAGGUAUAAUACAUUUCUCUCUUUAAGGGAAAGUGUGUGUGUAAUAUUUGUGCCUUUUGGAUUGUACUGUACAUUAUUGUGUCAUGUAUUUUGUUGUCGUUAACGCGGAACAAAGCGAAUAAAUGCAAAAACAAACUCUCUGAGCUUGUGUGUGUGACAUAUGACGUUCACAAUCCCUCAUACAUUAAACUGGUAAGACUCCAUUCCCAUCCUUUCCUCACAUCUAUACUCUCUUGAUGCAUUUUCAAAUGUAUAAGCUACUAGUUACCAGUUUGAGUGAGCUGAGUGCCCUAUAACUCCUUAUAAGAACUUACCUUCUAUAAAUGUUUU